UGUCUCAUCGACAACGGUUUUCCCUACCAGACUGGCAGAACCCGAGCAAUCUCCAAGUAUCUCCAGCCCAAGGAUGGCUGGAAAGUCUUACGUCUUCAAGAGGUCGACAUGAACCUUUACCGAAGGCUCGUAGCAGCGACUUGGACUUGUAGCUUCGACAUUGACAACUGCAACAAGGCGCGGUUGAGGGCUUUCUUCAUUGACUACAUCAGCAACUCCGAUGGCGUAACAACCAGCGAGCUGACGCGCAUGUUUCAGAGCUGGCUCACACUCUUCGAUACCAUCCAGAAGAGAAUCACAGCUGUGAAUAAAGCAGCAAUGGCCGUCCAGUCUCGUCUCAAGACUGUUUCCGGCAAGGUUAGCUCGAUCAAGAAGAAGGUGUGCCAAAAGAACGCAUGCAAAGGCAAGACAGUAUCUUCAUAUCUGACAAAAGCAUCCAAAGCAUUCACGGCAACCAAGACUCUCAACAAUAUUCCAGCUGCGGGCGCCAAGGCAGGCAAGAAUAUCCCCAGGGCCAAGCACCUGACCCAGAUGUGCCUCACGUCUGCGACAACUCCUGCCAACGAAGACUAUUACUACGAGCUGUUCCUGACUGCCAACUUUGGAACCACAAAGCACUUGCCCAAGGCAUUCCAACUCGUCGAAGACUUUCCCAUCGCAGCUUCAGAGCUCAAGGGUCUCGUUGUCCCGAUGUCAGAUCUCACCAAGCACUCAACUCGAGCCCGUGGCGUCCAAACACACCUCAAUGGCAUCCUCAGCCAAAACUGGAAGACCAACAAGGAACUCUCCAAAACUAAGGCGUCUCGCAACGUCCGUGACGGCUUCAUCCAGAUCCAGACCCUCGUCAAGCGAGACCUGCGUCCUCCCGUCAACGACUUGAUCAAGGCACUAACGGCUCUCCAUGCGGAGCUCGACAAGUUCCCGCUGCGGAGCAAGACGCUCGAGUUCAGGUACGGCGCUGUGCCGUAUGAGCGCUGGAGCACACAGGAGUGGGAGGUGCCGUGUGCGCAGGAUGUUUGGCGGGAGUUUGAGCAGGGAGGGUUCAAGGAUGCCAGGUACUUUACUGAGAUUCAAGUCUGUGACUUUGGGCCUAACCGUAUUACUUUCCCGGACCACCACCUUCCUUUCAUCAAGUACCGGUUUGUGUAA